AAACGCCCCUCUACUCUGCCUGCUAGCCCUUCCCCGACCGUGAGCAUCCCUGCCGGCUUGUGCCUGUCUGCUGUCCCAGCCUGCAGGGCUACACCUCCCCGCAGCAGAGGAAACGCGCUCCGGGGCGGCGGCGGCGCCCGUCAUCCAGUUUCCCCUGCAAUCUCAAUGAUCACAAUCUGGACUGAAGCUUGACAUCCGGACCUGACAGGACAGGACUGCAAUCCAUUUCUAUGACAACGGAGACGGCUUUGGCUGGGGAAUUGAAGAGCGCAAUGGAGGGUGACGCCAGGAGAACCAAUCAGGUUCCUGAGGACCAGGGGGACAUGGAUGAUAGCUCAGAGAAGACCCCCAGCAAAGCCUCCAAAUCCCCCCAGAAAAGCAGCAAGCGGCCCAAGACCGUCCCUGUCAAAGUCACUCUGCUCGACGGCUCAGACUAUGAGGCAGGAGUUGAGAAAUUUGCCAAGGGCCAGACCCUGCUGGACAUGGUGUGUGGCCAUCUGAACCUGCUGGAGAGGGACUACUUUGGCCUGACUUUCCAGGACACGGACAAUGCCAAGCAUUGGUUGGAUCCCUCCAAAGAGAUUAAGAAGCAAAUUCGGGUUGGUUCCUGGAUCUUUGGAUUUUCUGUCAAGUUCUAUCCUCCAGACCCGUCUGUGCUCAUUGAAGACAUCACCAGGUACUACCUGUGCCUGCAGCUGAGAGAUGACAUCCUGUCUGGCCGUCUGCCCUGCUCAUUUGUCACCCACGCCCUUCUGGGCUCCUACACCGUCCAGGCUGAGCUGGGAGACUACGAGCCCGAGGAACAUGGCCCUGACUACGUCAGCGACUUCCGUUUUGCACCCAACCAGACACGUGAGCUGGAGGAGAGAGUAAUGGAGCUGCACCGUAACUACAGGGGAAUGAGCCCAGCCGAGGCAGAGGUGAACUUUCUAGAAAAUGCCAAGAAGCUUUCAAUGUAUGGAGUAGAUCUGCAUCAUGCUAAGGAUUCAGAGGGAAUUGACAUAAUGCUCGGUGUGAGUGCCAACGGUCUGCUCAUCUACCGCGACCGUCUAAGGAUCAACCGAUUUGCCUGGCCAAAAAUCCUAAAGAUCUCCUAUAAGAGAAGCAACUUCUACAUCAAGAUCCGCCCAGGAGAGUAUGAACAGUUUGAGAGCACCAUAGGCUUCAAGCUGCCCAACCAUCGGGCCUCGAAGCGAUUGUGGAAGGUCUGCAUUGAGCACCAUACUUUCUUCAGGUUGGUUUCCCCAGAGCCGCCUCCCAAGGGCUUUCUGGUGAUCGGCUCCAAGUUCCGCUACAGCGGGCGGACCCAAGCACAGACCAGACAGGCCAGUGCUCUGAUUGACAGGCCUGCCCCACAGUUCGAACGGUCUGUUAGCAAGAGGUACAUGUUGCCCCGAAGUAUUGAUGGAGCCUCAGCUUUAGGCUACAGUAUGGACCAGCUGUCCCAGCGAAGCUCCAGUGAACGCACACAGUUCAUGUCCAGAGAAGACCUGGACCAGGAGGGCAGCCUGGACCUUGACCAUGAUCAGUACCAGUACCAGGACCAGGACCAAGACCAGUACACAGAUCAGGAGCUGGAGCAGUAUGAUAGUCAGGAUCAAGAUCAAGUUCAGAAGCCCCCUCGGGGUGCCAACAUCUCAACACCCACCAAGACUUUGGAGCUAAAGGGUGAGGAGGAAGGCUCGCCUGUAGACUCAAAACCAGAGGAUCUGGCCAUCCCUCGGCCCAAACAGGAGCAGUUCCUGGAUAAGCCAGAAGAUGUUCUACAAAAGCACCAGGCCAGCAUCAAUGAGCUGAAGAGAGCUUUGAGGCAGCCUAACAGCAAGAUGGCCCAGAGGGAGAAACGCCUGUCCUCAGCUACUCCUCCUGGAGGAACCCCCGAGCGGAAACCAGACACGCCUCCCACGCCUGCUAUUCACGAGGAACCUUUCAACGAAGCUUCAAGGGAACCGUGGGAGAAACGCCUAGGCUCUGUCUCUGAGGAUGAUCAGGACCACGAGAUCCUGUACCUGAAGGAGACCCACCUGGGCAUUGAGCGCAAAUGUUCCAGCAUCACAGUCAGCUCUACGUCCAGCUUGGAGGCCGAAGUAGAUUUCACUGUUCUCACAGACCUGCACACAGGCAUGGAGGAGUUCUCCAGGGGCAUGACAGAGCUGGGGGAGAGGGAUCUGUCACCUGAUGUGGGGCUGUGCUUUGGCAUGGACUUGCUUCAGCAGCAGGGCCCAUCUGAACCACCUCCUCCUUUAGUGUCCGCUGCUCUGUCCAGAGGAGCCAGCAGCAGCCCUCCAGCCAAACAUGUCCAGGUCGAAGAAGUCCGACCAGAGGUCAAACGGCCUGAUGUGCAGCCUGUAGUACCCAAAAAACCAAAGAGGUCAGUGCCGGUGUCAUCGUCAGUGGACAGAGAGUCACACAGAGAAGCUAGUCGUGUCUCUGCCGUCACACCACUGAGCAGGGAGGCCAGUGAUGUCAUGCCCACACCGACAGUGAGGAAGACAGACGUCAGGACGGAGACUCAGCCCAACGGUUCAGAGGUCACCACGACUAUUGUUGAAUUCACAGAUCAGGAUCAUGUUAUCACUGGCCUGAGUGAUGUUUCUUACUCUACAAGACAGAGCGUAUCCCCUGUGCAUAUGAGCAGUCUUGGAAGAGAGGCUACAGGGUCGCCCAUCCUCGUCACUGAAAAUGUUACCUCGGCAACCACUCAAGUCACUAAGACGGUGAAAGGAGGAUACUCAGAGACCAGGAUCGAGAAGAGGAUUAUAAUCACAGGAGACGAUGACGUAGACCAGGAACAGGCUCUGGCUAUUGCAAUACAAGAAGCCAAGCAGCAGCAUCCAGACAUGCAGGUGACCAAGGCGGUUGUUGUCAGGGAAACAGAAUCGUCCACUGAGGAUCGACACGGCGUAUCAGAGUCAUGAUUUCCUGAGAUGAGAGCGCCCCCCGUUGGACCAGAAGCGUCAGUGCCCAACCUGAAAUUGCCACACACCAUCCCUACUGAUAGACUACUGCCAGUGGCGCUCAAAUGGAGCCUCUUGUACACACACGCGCAAAGCUGAAACAAGACUCCUUUGAAAUCCUUACACUCCUUUGAAAUCCUUACGUUUUGUUUUGAUUCAAACAUUUCACAAUUGAAAUUCAUUCACGUUCAGCAGAGUGAUUUGGCAUUCAUGCUGGAAAAAAUGUAAACAUCACUGACGGUCCUUGAUUGGUCGACAAUAUGCCACCAGAAUUCCAGAAAUCUGGAACAGUUAAAGAGGUCUGAUCUGACUAAAUUCCCUGCAAACCUCAGGGUGUCUUUAUUCAAAACGCUCACUUCAAUUUCCUUCAAAGGGACUCUGUGCACUUUUUCACACUGUGGCAUAGUCCAGAGCCACAUGCAAUGUCAUCCAAUGCAUAAUUUCAAAAACAGAAAAAAAUUGUUGUGCACCUGAGAGCGUCUUCAUGUCUCAAGAAUAGAACUCAUGGGCUGGGUGUGCUAAAAAAAUGCUGAAAAAAACUGUGUGUGCUUACACGUAUUAAGUAAAACAAUCCAUUACAUGUAGCUCCAGUACUGUUAGUGAAGCAGAGUUUAGAGAGAACAGCGCAAUUUCUACUUUUAGUUUUCCCUCUGUAAUGAACAAAUGGGCUUUGUCCCACCCCCAAGACACUGAGUGAUGACAAUGCACUGAGCAGAGCAGAUCAUUUAGAGCCAACAAGGUCUCCUGGUGGUGUUUAUUCAAGUGUAUAAGUCAGAGCUUGUCUGAUCACCAUACAUCCCUCUCCCCCCCCCCCCCUCCUUAUUACUUCUGUAAAAUGUACAAUGACAGACUUUGAUUGGAUUUCUAGAGUAUGUGUCUGAACAUUAGGAGCUGUUAUUACACACAGUGUACCCGUUGUAUUUAUUCAAAUGGUGGCAAUAGUUUCUGAGCAUGCUGAUGUUUCAGAAUGAGCCCACUUUCUCUCCUUUUACAGCCUUUUAGAUAUGCUUUGAGUAUAUAAUACCACUUUGGCCAUUUUGUGUAUUCAGUACAUAGAGUAGGAUCACACCCUUGUUCUAGUCACAGAAGUGGUGGCUGCAUCAGUAAAACUAGUAUUUGAGAUAAUGUUUGCAUGAUACUUUCUUGCAUUAUUGGAUUGUAAAUGAGUAAAAUUGAUAUCAACUCAUAAGAAGGAUGAAUAAGAUAUAAAGACCGAAUUAUUCACAUUCUGAAGUUGAAUCUGAGCUCUGGGAAGCUAAAAAGGAAAUUAAGCUUCCUUGCUGGGAAUGAUGAGUUUUUUUCAGAAAUAGUGGAAAAUAACAAACAAACAAUACAGUUUUGUUUAAUCCCAAAAUCCAGUUACAGCACAGCUAUAGAUUCCUUUAAUUACAACCCUUUAACAGUUUACGUAUCUUUUAAUUUAAAUUUAAGUCGGCCUGUCAUUCAGCUAUGGUGACUGGUAUUUGUUCAUCGCUACAACAUAUUUUUCGUCAUCUUUAAACAUACUCUGCAGAAAUGGUAUUAAGCAUCAGAGUACUUUCCAACACACUUUCAAGCAAAGUAUAGUGUUAUAAAUAAAAUCUACAGUAGGAGCAGAAGCUUUGAACUUUUAGUUUUGUGUCAUUUGGUACAUGAAUGUUAGCAGAAUGCCAUGUAGUGUGCCAAUUAAGGUAGCAGUCAAAUUGUACAAACUCUGAUUUUUUUAUGAAAAUAUUUGUAUGAACAAGCUACUUUUAAUUACAGAGGUGCCAGAAAGUCAAACACAUAAACUUGACACGGCAAGGUUUCCCUUUAAUUAUGGCUGUCUUUAACAUUGCUUGCAAAAAUUUCUGUCUCCCUGCAAACAUCAUAUUUUAUAUAUAAAUCCAUGCAUUGAAAUUAAUUAAAUUGAAAACAAUGUUAAAACUGUCAUGUCAGGUUUAUGAGGAUACAGCUUUGGCUUUCAGACACUAAACUUUUACUGUUCACAUGUGUAGUGUAAUUCCUGUUGUUUCAUAUUUUGAUUCCAAAGUGAUGGUUAAUCAUGGAUGUGGGUGUCAAACUGGAAGGUGAAAAAAAAAAAAAAAUGCAGCCAUGCAUUACUUGUACUGUAUAUUGGGUGCCGUAUGGUGGAUUGUGCAGACGUGAAGUAGUUAAUGGCCAUGGGCUUGAUGUACACAAGAGGGCACUAGUCACCAAAAAGAAGAGAGCUUUGCAACAACAUCGAGCAUACACAGCUUAAAUCCUUCUUCCUUCCAUUCUUCACUUAUGGGCGAAAUAAUCGAAAUCAUCCUUGGAUCAACCUGUUCGGUCAAAUUUACCUUUGUCUGUCCAGAAAAGGCCAACCCCUGGAAGUCUGUCAAGUAAUGACCAGACUGUGAUUAAUCAAUAACAUUUGGCGUUGGCUGAGACACCUUGUGCAGAAUGUCUGAUUGGACGACAUCUGGCUGACCCUUAAACCUAGCCAUCUUCUCUCUGUACAGAACCCUUCUCCUCCUCCUCUUCAGCAGCUUCAUCCUAUCUGCUCUGCUGCUCUCCAUUGCU